GAGCCGAACCACCACGCAUCUCACUCAUCGAACCACCGCUACCGGCGGAGAAGCGCGGUGCCUCCCAAGAUUGGAGGUGGCGGCUGCCAUCCAUGGCGGUUCCCCUCGUGAUCGUCAUGCUCCCCCUCGGCCUCCUCUUCCUUCUCUCCGGCCUCAUCGUCAACACCGUCCAGGCCAUCCUAUUUGUGUCAAUAAGGCCCUUCUCGAAGAGCUUUUACCGGCGGGUCAACAGAUUCUUAGCCGAGCUGCUGUGGCUUCAGCUCGUCUGGGUUGUGGACUGGUGGGCAGGCGUUAAGAUACAGUUCCAUGCCGACAAGGAAACAUACCAGUCAAUGGGUAAAGAGCAUGCACUUGUCAUAUCAAAUCAUCGGAGCGAUAUUGAUUGGCUUAUUGGAUGGAUUUUGGCACAGCGCUCAGGAUGCCUUGGAAGUACACUUGCUGUUAUGAAAAAAUCAUCAAAAUUUCUUCCGGUUAUUGGCUGGUCCAUGUGGUUUGCAGAAUACCUCUUUUUGGAGAGGAACUGGGCAAAAGAUGAGAAUACCCUAAAAUGGGGCCUCCAAAGGUUGAAGGACUUCCCCAGACCUUUUUGGUUAGCCCUUUUCGUUGAGGGUACCCGCUUCACUCCAGCAAAGCUUUUAGCAGCUCAGGAGUAUGCAGUUUCACAAGGCUUGCCAGCCCCUAGAAAUGUACUUAUUCCACGCACUAAGGGAUUUGUAUCAGCUGUAAGUAUUAUGCGGGAUUUUGUUCCAGCUAUUUAUGAUACGACUGUAAUAAUUCCAAAAGAUUCACCUCAACCAACAAUGCUACGGAUUUUGAAAGGGCAAUCAUCAGUGAUACAUGUCCGCAUGAAACGUCAUGCUAUGAGUGAGAUGCCGAAAUCAGAGGAAGAUGUUUCAAAAUGGUGCAAAGACAUCUUUGUGACGAAAGACACAUUAUUGGAUAAGCAUUUGGCCACGGGCACUUUUGAUGAAGAGAUUAGACCAAUUGGCCGUCCGUUGAAAUCAUUGUUGGUGACUCUGUUUUGGUCAUGCCUCCUUCUGUAUGGAGCUGUACAGUUCUUCAGGUGGACUCAGCUCCUGUCGACGUGGCAAGGAGUAGGGUUCACAGCUGCAGGGCUGGCGCUGGUGACAGGACUCAUGCAUGUGUUCAUAAUGUUCUCCCAGUCAGAGCGCUCCAGCUCGGCCAGGGCAGCGCGUGACCGAGUCAAGAAAGGUUGAAAGCGGUAACGAUGAUGUUACUCUAGAGCCUUACCAAGGGAGCACUACCAAUUUAAUGCGCGCUGACCCGCAUAGACUACAAACUUGGGGCUGUGAACCAGACUCAAAAUUAAUUUUGUUGCAGAAUCGUAUGGACUCAGACAGGGAGUUUACGAGAUUCGGUGAAGCAGCAAGUGUGACUUUGUCAGUAUGAACAUGUAGAAAUUUGCAUUUUAGCACAGCA